AUGGACCCGGCUAGAAAGCGUCAGAAGGUUUCGUCCGCCUGUGAGAGAUGUCGACGACGGAAAUUAGGGUGCGAUCAACAACGCCCGUGCCAGUUAUGUGUCCGAGCCGGUGUAACAUGUAUCCCGCGUGGGGAGGCAGUGGCUCGAUCAUCUCCGACGGUACCAAUUGCCGCACCAGUCGUCCAGCAAGGUAGCCACGAUGAAGGACGACCCCCUAGCGUUCGCGCGAACGAUGGUGAUACUGUGGUUCUUCCAGAGCUGAACAUUGUCGAUCUGAGUACUCGGAUGUUUUCUCGCAUUGAUCAACAAUAUGACAUAGAGUAUGACACGUCCGCCUUGCCAGGGGGCAAAAAGCCAGCUAGCCCCUUCCUCUCCAGCCCAACACCAUGGAGAGAUACAAUCGGUAUACAGCUACCUGAAAAGGAUGUCCUCGAUGCGUUGAUUACCCAGUUUUUUGACUCCGUAGACUGGUUUAUGAUGGUAUGUUCGUUGUUAUGUGUCAACGUUGGCUCGUCAUCAGUGUAUUCGUCCUAUCUGACAUUUUUGGACCAGGUAUUUCACGAAGGAAGCUUCCGACAACGAUAUGAGCAUCUAAUAGCUUCAGUACAUGUUGCAGCAACAGACAACAACUUUCUUUGGCUUGUGCUGUUGGUCCUUGCACUCGGUGCCCACUAUUCAUCCCUUUCUGAGUCACUUGAAGAGGACCACCAGAGCUUACCGCUUCUCUCCGAGCGGCUUCUCGCUCAGAUCGAAUACAAGUUCUUGCGAAUCAUUGGAUGUCCGAAUGUGGAAGCCGUCCAGGUUUGCGUGCUCCUGGGUAGUUUUCAUUUAUUCAAUGGCCGCCCCACCGUUGGAUUGGGGAUCUUAGGCAGUGGUAUAAAGAUCGCACAGGUUCUUGGACUGCACCGCGAAUCGAUGUGGCAGAAUUUGUCAGAUAUCGCGCAAGAGUCGAGGCGGCGUUCAUGGUGGGCCUUGGAAGUCUUCGACAAAUAUGCAGCUAUAGCGUUUGGGCGGCCAUGUAGUAUAGAUGACUCUGAUUGCAAUAUUGGCCUGGUCACAGACGUUGGGGACAUAAGCCCUCGGCAAGGUCCUCUGCUAGAAUAUCAUCGAUGGAAAUUCAGGCUCUACCGAACUAUGGGCCCUUUCCUAGGGAGGCGACUCCAAACCAAUCGAGUGGAGACAGUGAAAUCCAUCCAUAGUCAACUAGUCACGUGGGAGGGACAAUUUCCUGAUAUCCUGCGACUAGAGACUUACACAAAUGAGGAUACAUCCAGGCCUCCAUCAUUGUUGCAGCUUGCAGCGCUUGCUCUUCAAUUGACCUACGACAAUCUUCGGAUCAUCCUGCACCGGAGUGUUGCCUUUGGAGAUGUUGGCCAUGAAGUCGAUUUGGCCAAAGAAGCACUCGGAAGUGAAAUCUCCAAUUUCUCUCGUCAACAACUCUUAGAAUCUGCGCUGCGGACCUCGGAGUUGUACCGAUAUCCUCAUCUCUUAGAGGCUUGUCGCAGGACACAUGCUGUAAUGCAUAUCGGCAUUUGCCUGUUCACAUCCGGUGUCGUUCUCUGCGCGCUUGCCCUCAUGGAACCAUUAUCUGUCAUCAGCCAGAAGGCAAAGGCAGGUAUUAUGCGAAUCAUUCGCCUCCAAAGGGAGAGGGUCUCAUCCCAGCAUGUCCUAUCGCUCCAGAGUGUCAAGAUUCUCGAGGACCUUGUCGCCGUCGUCAUGCAGGCUGAGCAACGAACUAUUCUCGGUGAUCCCAUUUCCGACUCAAGCUCAAGACUCAAAGCUAGCGGAAAUCGCUACCCUGCCAACAGUCUCUCUGGCUCUGACCAAACCCAGAUGAGUGCUAACAGUGAAAUCUCUCAUACAUUAGCGACUACUCAGACGUCUCUCACUCCUCUUCAAGAAGCCGAUUCAGGUCUUGCUGAUGCUAGCCAGUUGUGGCUAUGGUCGGAUAAUCUAGGCUAUCAGUCUUUUGCUGAGCUUAGUGAUAUAUUGCACUAA